AUGGAAAGUCUGAGGGGCAAGGAACCAGGGAGUAACGAGUGUGAGAGAGUGACGAGGGUGACCUGCCAGCAGGGGACGCGGGAGCCAGAGGUGACCAUCCGGCUAACAUCGACCAGUGCGUGGAGCAAGAGUCAGGUGCGGUACAGCUUCACCACCACCAGCUACCAGGGGGUGAGGGCCGACGACCUGGUGCUCGACCUGUUGACCCUGCCCUCCAGGACCGUGCACAGGGACCUGUACCAGGACACCCGUCACCAGAACAUCAGGCAACACCCGCCAGAUGAAGGAAGUGAGGAGGCUGCGAGACUGCUGGAGGAGGUGUAUGAAGACCUGCUGACCAGGGAGGAGAUGGCCCGCCUUGACUCCCAGCCCAACCCCUUCACCUUCACCGAGAGGGUCUCCCAGACCACCAGGUUCACCUCCAGAGACCUGGAGGUGCAGACGGAGCCGCCGCCCAGCACAGUGUUCACCGUCAGUGUGGGCCCCGCCGCCAUCUACGACGCCUACCAGCACAACUACCUCAAGAUCCUCGAGAGCGAGCGAGAGAGGGAGAGAGAGAGGGAGAAAGAACGGGAGAGAGAAAGAGAGAGGGAAAGAGACAGAGAAAGAGGAAAUGGCAAAGGAAAAAGGCAUCUUCAGGGACAGAGGCAAGAGGAAUACAAAUGGGCAGAUACAGCAUUGUAUAUAUCGUACAGGUAUGAUGAGUUGGGUACCCCAUUACCAGCCCAGGAGGUGGUGGUGGCGUCGGACCCGCUGGUGGUGACGGUGCUCCCCAGCCGCAGGCGGCAGGAGGCGGCCAGGCUCAGGACCUCCGCCAAGGUGCUGGAGAGGAUGGUGACCCAGAACAUUUACGACGACAUCACACAAGACUUCCGGUACUGGGAGGACGGAAGCGACGAGUUCCGUCCACUGGAAGGGUCGCUGCUGCCACUGUGGAAGUUCCACCACGACAAGUCUCGCGCCCUCGUCGUCUCUCACAUCAAGUGGAGUCCCGUCUACCCGGACCUCUUCGCUGCCGCCUACACUGCUGGGGAGCUGGUGGAGACGGAGGGCAUGGGCAUGAUGUGCUUGUACACCCUCAAGAACCCCGCCACCCCAGAGAGGGUCUUCCGCGCCCCCUGUGGCGUCACCUCGGUGUCCUUCCACCCCAAGUACGGGAGCAUGAUAGCGGCCGGAUGGAGCGACGGAACAGUAGUCAUAUAUGACACCCGCUGCUCAGCCUCGCCAGUGAUCAUCGCCUCCACAACCCUGGCAGGCAAGCACCUCCUCCCUGUCCUCCAGGUAGAGUGGGUGAGAACGGAGCCAGGAGAGGAGCUGUGUCUGUACUCGGUGUCUCUUGACGGUCGACUGACGCAGUGGCAGGUACGAGCCUCCAGCCUGGUCCACACUGACGUCCUGCACUUCCAGGCGUAUGACCACACCUCCAAGUUCACCGGCAGUGACACCAUGCUGCUGGAAGGAGCGGGGACUUGUGUAGCCUUCAGGCCGGAUAAGGAGGAGGUGGUGCUGGUUGGAGUGGACUCCGGUGCCAUAUUCCAGUGUUCCACCCACUCGAGCGAACACUCCCUCACCCGCUACCCGGCCCACACUGCCGCUGUCAGAGCCGUCGUGUGGAACCUUCACCACCACAAAGUCUUCAUCUCCUGCUCAGUGGACUGGACUGUCAAAGUCUGGUUUCAGUAUCAUCUGUCACCACUGGUGGUUCUUGACUUGGGAGGCGCAGUAGCCGAGGUCAGCUGGUCACCCUACAGCAGCAGUGUCUUCGUAGCAGCCACAGACGAGGGUCGGGUACACGUCUAUGACCUGUUCCUCCGGAAGUGUCGUCCACUGUGUGUCCAGAGUCUAGUGCAGCGGCGACGUGUAGCGGCCACCUGUGUUGCCUUCAACCCCUUCUAUCCCAUUAUCCUGGUGGGAGGCGAGAAAGGUACCCUGGUGUCGCUGAAGCUGUCGCCCAACCUGAGGAAGGUGCACAAGGACGCCAAAGGUGCCGAUGAACUCAAGUUGAAGGACAUAGAACUCUCCAAGAUGGACAGACUGGUGGCUACCAACAAGGGUUAACUUACCUAAGACUCUAUCACCACUAUACCGUUAAGUUCACGUUCACAGUUACGGUUGAAAUUGAUCACACUCCAGGUAGAUACAUUGCAUUAAUCUGGGAACAUCAUACUAAUACAUUUUAUGUUUUAAUAAAACUUGUUUUAAUGUUUAAGUUUUGUCACCAUUUUAACACUCAGGCGUGAGCAUGAGAGACAUAUGUCGGCUGUUAAUUAUUAUAUGAAUUAUUAUUAUAAUUAUUGUAUGAGUUAAUUGAAGAACUGGAGGGUUGGGCCUCCAGGAGCAUCAGGCAUCGCGCCGGUGACGUCAUAGGCCUAGGUGCAGGCCACAGACACAAGUCACAUCGUACACAAGAUGGUCCCGUUCGCGAAUAUUAAAUCCAACACCUAAUUACCUCACGCAAUCCAACCUAAUGUAACCCAAACCCUCGUAGCCAAGCCCAGCCAUACCUAACACAGCCUAACGUAAGUAAAUACACCAAAAUCGAACGAUAAAUACGGUUUUGUCAAUCGAGAAAUGAACUGUAUAUAAGAUUUGAAAUUUGAAGUUCAGUAUAUGAGAGGUGGAGGUGGCGAGCGGACGAGCGUCGUGUGUGUGUUUCAUCACUCUUGUGGCUCACCUCCAGGCCCUACAUCGCUCUCUAAACCCACUAGGGCCACCCUCAGGCCAGGGCACCCUAACUGUGCAAGAAAGGAGUAUAUGGGCAAGAUAGCUCAAAUUUACCCGCGCUAAAUCCGGCAAAACAAUAAAGUUUUGCCGCGCUAAAGCCAGUGUUUCAAACAUUCAAAACAUUGUAGUAUCUCCCGCCGCCACACUAAGCUGGGUGCUCUCUCGCCGCCACAGAGGUGAAGCUGUGGAAGCUUUGCAAGCUUGGGAGAAGAUAGUUUUAAGGAAUAAUUGUUCAAGUCCGCUGUUUUGGCGCCGUGAUUGUCGUGACGUCACCGUUGGUAAAUGCGUUAUAUUGACGAGUGUCGUGUACGUCGACGUCUACAGUGACACCAGCACUACAGUGACACCACCACCAGCACUACAGUGACACCACCACCAGCACUACAGUGACCACCACCAGCACUAGUGACGUCACCAGUUGUGGUAAACAAACCACUGCCACGUGUCUUCACAUAUAUAAACACGUUGUACUGAACGGGGUGAGAAUAGCGUGAGCUCCCUCAUACCUUUGUGUGAGUGUAUUUAUACAUCAAUAAACUGAUUUCUAUUAAAUUUCAAGCAGUCCUGGGCGUGGCGGCAGCCUUCCCUGCCCUCUACACGCUCCUGUGAUACCUUCUACACUGCUCUCUACACCUUCCUGCGACACAAAGUUAAGCAAGAUCUACGUGAUUGUGCCCAGUUUGACCAUUAACUACAGUAUAUGGUAAAAACAAGCAGGGAACUUAAAUGAAGCUGUGAUUGACUUGUAGGUUGUCAGGAGUUGGGCACUCGGCCUUGUUCAGUCUCAUUGUUCACAAGGGUUUGAACAGUUCAUUUUCUAAUUGUCACAACCUUGUGUAUAGUUAAGUUAGGUAAUGUUUGGCUCUGUUGGGUUUUAAAAUCCAUUGGCGAACAGCCGUGUGACUUUUAUCCCUGCUGUCAUUGUGCAAUUACCUGAAUUUACCUGAAGGCCACUAAAACUAGUGGCCUUAAUGAGGACAGGAAGCUGGCGGCUUGUUAAAGACCCCCCCAUUUGUCCUGACGACUUUUUCAAACUGGAUUUUAAAGUUCACCAGUCUUGGCAAUUAAUUACUAUUACCUGUUGUUUAUAAGAAAAUUUGAGCAAGAAAUCACAUACCAUAUCAAGUAUUGAGCUAUUGAAUAACCAAUUAAUUCAACACAAAAUUUCAUAGAAAGCAAAUACAGUACAUGGAAUCUAGACUGAAUUAUAGAUUUCUUCAUUGAAUAUUGGGAAAAUUUAUUCCAUUCCAUUACUGUAUUUAUUUUUGCAUUAUUUCCAGUUACAAUUAGCUUUCCAUUUUUCUAACCACAUUGAAAGCUAAAUUUUUAUAUACUGUAUGUUGCAACAAUUUGGUCAAAAUUGAGAAUUGUGAGGAGAGUUAGCAAAGUAAUUUUUUGCAAUUCACAAAUAUUAUUUGACUGAAAAAGUUUAACCAGUUUAUUUGUGAUUUUUUGGGGGGUUAUCAAAGUUUAAGAUUAAUUUGUUAUUAAUUUGUUACAAUUCUUUUAAUUCUAGUUGGCUGUAGUAUUCAAUCAAUGUCAUCCCAGCAUUUUUAAUGUAUUUAUAUUUUUAGUGGUUAUAUUCAAGCAAUUAUUGAGAGGAAAGGUAACAAUUUCAUAACCAAAAUAAUUGUUAGUGCCAUAAUUGUAAAUUACAUUUGUGAAUGUCAAUAGGGAAACAUUAUUUGACAUCUUGUGUGAGUUGAGCUAAACUAAUCAUGUUGCACAGGGAAAUAGAGGAAAUGAAGACAACCCAAAUAAAGGCAACAUCACCUUCUUGUGAUAAUUUACGUCUAAUCGAAUUUUGGUGGGAAGAAUUCGAUAUGUUUUUGACAGAAGGAUCUAUUUUUGAAAAAGUUUUGGAUCCAUUUUUCCUAAUACAAGUAUUGGUGAAUUCUACCAAGCGGCCAGAUGAAACUCUGAAUGCUUAUACUAGUCGUUUAGAUAAACUAAUUUAUGCACUUGAGGAAGCCCUAAAAAAGUCAGAAUGGACAAACAGUGAUGGUUUCAUGACCCCAGUAGCAAUGGCUAAAUUAGUAGCAUUUGGGUCAUUACAACGAUAUGCUCCUAGAGAAAUUCUACCAAUGUUAAAGAUGGAGAAAUUUGGCCCAGAAAAUGAAAUAGGGGAUGUUUAUGUUGCUAUAGUUAAUGCAGCUUAUGUAAUGUUACCUGACACCAGAUCAUUGCAAACUGAAGAAGCUGUGAAUGUCAUGCCAAGCCCUCAGCACUAUCAUCCAGCACAGUUACACAAUUUUCAGCCGAGAAAACAGAUAGGAGGUCGGAAAGAAACAAAUAUUCCUAGAUUUCCUAGAUGUAACAAUCCACUUCAGAAUGCCACAACAUGUGAUAAUUGCAGAAAGACUGCACUCUUAGUCCAAGAUUGUUGGACUAAGCCACAGGGAACAGUUCCACCUCACCAGUUUGCAUGGUCACCAGAUAAAGGAAAUGACUCAAAGCCUCCAUACUGUUCUUACCAUAAAAAAGUCGGCCACCACACAUUAAUGUGUAGGGCUCGACAAAGGUCCCAACAGGGUAACAAUACAUACCAUCAGUCAUGACGUGGUGGACAGCAUUUUGGUAAUUAUUCUAAUGGAACCAUCAACUGUGCUCCCACUGUAAGACCUAAGAACGACGAGUGUUUUUUUUUUUUUUGUGAAGUUGGCUAUGAUCUCCUGAGACAUCCUAGGUGCUAAUUACAAUAUUCUGUUUAUUCAACAGCAAUCCAUAAAAAGUUUGGACAUAUGAGAGGAGGAUAUCUAAAAUAGGUUAGGUACUGAUUUUUAUGGAAAGCAAGAGACCACGACUCGCACCAGACAUUGACAUCCUCGAUCAAGCCAAUUUAGCAAUGAGAUUAUCAAAACUAUUUGUUGACAUAGCCAAGAUAAAUAUAAUAUUCAUCCCGUUAACGACAUUGCGAGGCAAUUAAAGUUGUUGUCCAAUCCAUUCCUAAGAGAUGUUUGAGGUACAAAGGUUAACAUUAGGGUCUCAUGCUUGUACAGUAUAUCAUGCCCCCUACAAGUAUACCUUGCAAGAAAGUCGCAUAGAGCUACAAGCAAUAGUUAAAUUGGAUCAAAUUUAAAUAAGUGAAAAGCUGUAGACUAUACCUGCCUAAUGCACAAAGGAAGGUGCCGACUUUGCCAGGCCAUCAUGGUUACCCACUGUUUAGACCAGACCAACAAGGUAAACUGACUAAACCUGCCCAGCACAGAGUAAACCACUGGCUGGACCUGACUAACACUGAACCACUGUUAGGAUCAGUUGGUCUGGUCUAAGCAGGGUAAACUGCUGUUUAGACCAGAUCAACAGAAGGUAAACUGCAGCUGUACAUUUUGCCACAUUAGGUUUUCAACUUAUUCAUAUUAAAUGGACAUAAAGUUGUAAUAAAAUAUUGCCAUACUAAAAUGUAAAUGUCAGAACCAGUUACUCGCUGUAGAAUAUAUUAGUGUAAUGAACAUAAUCAAAAGCAAAUUUUUUUAAUAGUUGAUUGCCAAGGAAAGGUUACCCUCUCGUGACGUGACAUUGAUGACUUGGGAAUAAGUAAUCAGAAUCCUGAACAGGAGGGGAAAAGUUCAAUGGUAGAGUGCCCCAGAUCAACCAGUAUUGGUAAUCUCAGUCCCAAUGCAAGUCCCAGGCCAGCUACAGCUAAUAGGGGCCCCUUAUAAGUUGUCAGGAAAGCUUCAUGUAUUAGUGUGGCUGACCAAGAGCAAGUACAGUUUGUGAUAGUUGAAAUUAAAUCUCACCUUCCUAAUUGGAAGCUGUAAGUCUUUCUAUGGCUGUACAGCAGUUCAAUUCACCUAGAACUGUAGUGAUUAUUAGAAAUAUGGUACAAACUUCCUGCUUGUGUAAAUUAGAUGCCAAUCUUGAUAUUUUGUAAUUAUUCUUAUUAUAAAAUUUGCAACAAAAAAUUUAAGCUGGAUAACUUUUUGUAUAUCAAGUGUAAGACUUCCAUUAUUAAAAGUGCAAUUAACCAGUCAUUGAUAUUAAUUAUUGUUAAUUAAAAUAUGAAUAUGUAUUUUCUGGCUAGUUUGCUGUACUAUGGAAUGUACAUAUAUUGGUCAAGUAUCUAUGUCAUCAAUUAUCACAACUAAAAGAUGAAUUCAUCCUCUUGAAUAGUACAUCACAUUUUAACAUAUAAAUCCACUAAGGCCAAAAACUCAUGUACUAAAAAUCAUAGUGGCUCUCAGAAUUGGUGUGAUGUCCUGUUUUCUAUUAUGGAUUCUGUUAGGUUAGGUUUGGGCAAUUCAGUACAUCAGUUAAGUAAUGUUGUGAAUGCUCAAGAGGAUGGGCUGAAAAGAUGGUACAGUAUAGUUAAAUAAAGCACAUCUCUUGUGAGACUGAACAUUGCAUGGAUUUUUAUAAUAAGUUCCAUUGAACAAGUAGUUCUAUUCUCAGGUGAAGUAUGUAAGCUAAUUAUUGUGCUCACUGGAAAAGCAGCCUGUAAUUCUCAUGUGUGCUGAUAGACAGAUCUGCUGCAGUUGCAUGUUGAAUGUAUUGAAUAAUUAGUCUGUAACUAGUUGUGUGUGUGUUAUUUGUAAUCUGUCUACAAUGCCUCAGAUGUGAGACAAAAUAUGUUAAGAGAAUGCAGAUCAUUAAAUGGAGCAAUUAUACAAUUUACAUAA